GCUAAUGACGUUACGCAGAGACUCUGGGUCAGAGGAGCCUGAGAAGGCUCAGUCUAAACUGAGUUUCUUGUAGUCCAGGAGGGAGUUCUUAUGUACUUGAGGAUCACCUUGAACUCUUGAUCUCCUACCUCCUGAGUGCUGGAUUUAUAGGUCACGUGCUCGCUCUCCUCCAGACCAUGGAUGCGCAUCUGUUUGACUAUGCAGAGCCCGGGAACUACUCCGACAUCAACUGGCCAUGUAACAGCAGCGACUGCAUCAUGGUGGACACGGUGCAGUGUCCCAGCAUGCCCAACAAGAAUGUGCUGCUGUACACACUCUCCUUCGUCUACAUUUUCAUCUUCGUCAUCGGCAUGAUCGCCAACUCCGUGGUGGUCUGGGUGAAUAUCCAGGCCAAGACCACAGGCUACGACACACACUGCUACAUCUUAAACCUGGCCAUUGCGGAUCUGUGGGUCGUCAUCACCAUCCCCGUCUGGGUGGUCAGUCUCGUGCAGCAUAACCAGUGGCCCAUGGGUGAGCUCACAUGCAAGGUCACGCACCUCAUUUUCUCCAUCAACCUUUUCGGGAGCAUCUUCUUCCUCGCGUGCAUGAGCGUGGACCGCUAUCUCUCCAUCACCUACUUCACCAGCACCUCCGGCUAUAAGAAGAAGAUGGCUCGCCGUGUUGUCUGCAUCUUGGUGUGGCUGCUGGCCUUCUUUGUGUCCCUGCCUGAUACCUACUACCUGAAGACGGUCACUUCCGCUUCCAACAACGAGACCUACUGCCGGUCCUUCUACCCCGAGCACAGCAUCAAGGAGUGGCUCAUCGGCAUGGAGCUGGUCUCUGUCAUCUUGGGUUUUGCUGUUCCCUUCACCAUCAUCGCUAUCUUCUACUUCCUGCUAGCCAGAGCCAUGUCAUCAUCGGGUGACCAAGAGAAGCACAGCAGCAGGAAGAUAAUCUUCUCCUACGUGGUGGUCUUCCUGGUGUGCUGGUUGCCGUACCACGCCGUGGUUCUGUUGGACAUAUUCUCCAUCUUGCACUACAUCCCGUUCACAUGCCAGCUGGAGAACGCCCUCUUCACAGCGCUGCAUGUCACACAGUGCCUGUCCCUGGUGCACUGCUGCGUCAACCCGGUGCUCUACAGCUUCAUCAACCGCAACUAUAGGUACGAGCUGAUGAAGGCCUUCAUUUUCAAGUACUCAGCCAAAACAGGCCUCACCAAGCUCAUUGAUGCCUCCAGAGUGUCAGAGACGGAGUACUCAGCCCUGGAACAGAACACCAAGUGAUCGCCCUGCAGAGGUGUGGGAACACGUGCAUGUUGCAAGUGGGGCGCCGGGCCCUGUGGUUUCUCGAAGAAAGCAAUGUAGCGUUGGGUCUGGUUGCCUGAGAGGUGUGAAGAGGAGAUGGCUUGUGACUGUGCUUCCCGUCUCUCACUCUCCAGCCAAGGUGGCUGUCACCUGGGUGUUCAUUCUGACAGCUUGGGGGCAGGCAGAGCUGUCUAUUAAAGCCAGCGUUGGGACAGGCUGCUUUGGACUUCUGUAAAAUAGACUCUUCUGUGUUUCCUCAAGUUUUUACUUGUUGACUUUUGUAUUUAAGUUUUAAGACUUUAUUUUCUCACUAUGGAUGUUCCUUAUAAAUGUAUUUGAAAGUUAAAUAUAUUUUAAAUAUUGUAUGGAAGGUGUGUAAUGCUGUUGUAUUCAGACCGUGUAGGGCCUCAGACUAGCUUGGACUUGAGUUUUGACUAAGGAUGACAUUAAUUGUUAGCUGAUUUGAAAUUAUAUAUAUAUAUAAAUAUAUAUAAAUAUAAAUUUAUGCCAGCCUUGGCUGAAAUGUUUUAUUUACGAUAGUUUUAUAUCUGUGUGGUGUUUGGUGCCAGCACAGGAUAUGGAACAAAAAAAACUGCCCAGCAAUGCAGUUGUGACAUAAACCGUAUUGUAGAGUUAUGUUUCUGGCUGCAAACCCAUGAACAAAGGGAACAGAACGUUCUCAUGAUUUGUAAGUUAUUUUUUUAAUAAAGAUUUUUUU